CUUAGCUAGUGCUUAUCGUCACAUAUAAUUAUUAUAUAAACUCUAUUGUAGUCUUGUAUAAUAAUAAAUCCAAAACCCUACCCAUACUAUUCUUGAGCCUUCACCAUUUCAAGGCCUUCUUCUUCUUCUUCUUCUUCUUCUUCUUCUUCUUCUUCUUCUUCUUCUUCUUCUCAUAACCCACAAUUUUAUUGUUACAAAGUUGGAUGAAAUAAACAUUUCACAACACCAUCAUUAUUAUCUCCAUUUUUCUUGUAACAAAUACGGAGUAGGGAGUAGUAAAUAAUAACAAUAAUAAUAAUGUCUCAGAAAUACAUGUUGGCUUCCUGCAUUGCUUUAAUUUCUGUGUUCCAGUUUGCUGUUGCUGAAAGUCCUUAUAGGUACUUCGACUGGCAUGUCACCUAUGGCCACGUUUAUCCCCUCGGCGUGCAACAACGGGGGAUACUUAUCAAUAAGCAAUUCCCAGGACCGGAUAUAAUAUCAGUAACAAAUGAUAAUCUUGUAAUCAACGUCUAUAAUCACUUGGAUGAGCCGUUUCUCAUUUCCUGGGAUGGGAUUCAACAGAGGAAGAAUUCAUUCGAAGAUGGAGUGUAUGGAACAACAUGUCCAAUUCCUCCAGGACGGAAUAUCACCUACAAAUUACAAGUGAAAGAUCAAAUUGGUAGCUAUUUCUACUUCCCUUCUACCGCCUUUCACAAAGCUACUGGUGGUUUUGGAGGAAUUAGAGUCCUCAGUAGGCCUCUCAUUCCUGUUCCCUUCCCUCCCCCUGCUGAUGACUUUACCCUUCUCAUUGGUGAUUGGUACAAAUCUGACCACCAGAAAUUGAAGGCAACUUUGGACCAUGGAAAGAGGCUUCACUUCCCAGACGGGGUACACAUCAAUGGACGACGAGCCAAUGACGCAGUUUUCACAGUUCAAAAGGGUAAGACAUACAGAUUUAGGAUAUCAAAUGUUGGUCUACAAAACACACUCAACAUCAGAUUUCAAAAUCAUAAGAUGAUGCUAGUAGAAGUUGAGGGAACACACACCAUGCAGCAACUCUAUUCGUCGUUGGAUGUCCACGUAGGGCAAUCUUACUCCGUCCUAGUCAAAGCCGAUCAGGAUGUCCAAGACUACUACAUCGCAGUUUCAACACGGUUCAAUGACGUGAUCCAUACAACUACCGGAAUCUUCCACUAUCAAGGCUCCUCCCGCCCUGUAUCCGGCCCACCUCCUGGUGGACCUACCACUGAAAUCGGUUGGUCUCUUGAACAAGCACGUACUAUAAGGACAAAUUUGACAGCAAGUGGACCAAGGCCGAACCCACAAGGAUCAUACCACUAUGGAGAAAUACCCCUGACCAGAACAAUAAGGCUAGCGAGUUCUGCAGGUCAAGUGAAUGGAAAGCAAAGAUAUGCUGUAAAUAGUGUUUCUUUUGUUCCAGCAGAUACUCCCCUUAAGCUAGCAGACUACUUCAACAUUCAGGGCGUGUUUAGCGUCAACAGCAUACCUGAUCAUCCUACAGGGAAAAACAUGUACCUUGAUACAGGAGUGUUGGGUGCUGAUUACAGAACUUUUAUAGAGAUUGUUUUUGAGAACAAAGAGAGAAUUGUUCAAAGUUGGCACAUUGAUGGCUACAACUUCUUCGUUGUUGGAAUGGAUGGUGGAAAAUGGUCACCAGAGAAGCGGCAACAGUACAACCUGCAUGAUGCAAUUUCACGCUGCACUGUACAGGUAUAUCCAAGAUCCUGGACAGCGGUGUAUUUAUCAUUGGAUAAUGUUGGGAUGUGGAACAUAAGGACUCAAUUCUGGGCACGCCAAUACCUUGGAGAACAGUUAUACUUGAGAGUUUAUACGCCUUCGCGUUCACCCAGGGAUGAAUACCCGAUACCUGAUAACACCCUUCUCUGUGGCAGGGCUCUCAAGUAAUCUGUUAUACUUGCCACAAACACUUUAAUCUAAAAUGAAUGACAAUGUCCAGGAGGUGACUUCUUUUUAACUUAAGCUUUUCAUUUUUCACUUAGGCAACUGGAAAACAACUUGUAUGCCAGCCAGCCUAAUGAAUACAAGUAUCUUGUUCUGCUAUUGUUCUUCGA